AAUUUAUGCUUAUGUGCUUAUGUUUGUAAUUUAUCCUGAAAGAGAAGGUGAUCUCAAUACUGUAUGUGUGUUUAAGCUUAACUAAAAUUCAUUUAUUUGUUCUGCUCAUAACGUUCUCAGGUCGUUCAAGGUGAUGUGCUGAAGACUGAUCUUCCCUAUUUUGACAUAUGUGUGGCAAACAUUCCUUACCAUAUCUCCUCUCCCCUCACGUUCAAGUUGCUAUUUUACCAACCUGCCUUCAGAUGUGCCGUCAUUAUGUUUCAGAAAGAAUUUGCAAUGAGACUGGUUGCUCAGCCUGGCGACAAGCUCUACUGUCGUCUUUCUGUGAAUAACCAACUCUAUGCUCGAGUCUCCCACCUCCUCAAAGUCGGAAAGAGUAAUUUCCGUCCACCACCUAAGGUUGAUUCUUCAGUAGUUCAAAUUGAGCCUAGAAAACCACGUCCUCAAUUGAAUCCGAAGGAGUGGGAUGGAUUUAUAAGGAUGUGUUUCAUACGAAAGAAUAAAACCCUUGGCUCAAUUUUCAGGCUGAAAAAUGUCCUUUCUCUGCUUGAGAAAAACUACAAGACCCUACAGGCACUAGGGUGCUCACAUAGUACUUCCAUAGAGAAUAUUGAUAUUGGAAUGGAUAUAUCGAAAUUGGGAAAUUCUAAUGAGGAUCAAAGUAUGGAGAUGGAUGGUGGAAGUGAUGAUGAAAUGGAGUUGGAGAAUGGUGAUGAUGAAGGCGAUGCAGAAAGUGAGGUUUCUGAGUUCAAAGAUAAGGUUUUGGGUGUGUUGAAGGAGGGACAAUUCGAAGAGAAGAGAGCAUCUAAGCUCACACAACAGGAGUUUUUAUAUCUACUUUCAUUAUUCAACAAGGCUGGCAUACACUUCUCUUGAUGCAGAGUCAUAAAGAUUUAAUAUGUAUCUGAAGAAUACCCAAUUUUGUGUUGUAUAGCAAGUAGUCCUUUGAGUAUAGGUUUUGUUUUGUUCUUAAUUUCUUGCGGCAGUUGUGAUUGAGUUUGGACCUGUGCAACAAAUCAAUUAUGAUGAGAAUUAGUCAUGUGGAAGGGGAUGUUAAUCAUACGGAUAUACCUCUUCAUGGUUUGACAUUUAUUUUUCCAUAUAGUAACUUUAGAAAGGUUUAUAGCUCUCCAUUGGUUCUCAGAAAAUCUUCAGAAGAUGUGACUUUAUCCUUUUUGUACAGGAUCUUCUAAUCGAAUAUUUAUGUCUGUAUACUCGGACUGGGUUUUCAUGUCAGCUAAUUA